UUUUAAAAGGUUUGGAAACAGUUAACUUUGUGAUUUUUAUUUUAAUCAUCAUCAUUGAUUUUUGAAAUAUAAAUGCACAAUUGAUGUAGCCUACCAAUAUUAUACACAGACUUGAUGCCUCCAUUGCUGGCACAUAUAGGGCUAAAUUCGUUGUCUCAAACAAUGAUGGAUAAGGGAUUGACAGCUAUGUUAUGACUGACAAGCAGACUUAACCAAUCUCUCAGUUGCAUCCAAUGCAGUGACUCCCAGCGCCCAAUCCUUUUGGAUUAGAGGAGGGAUUAUCAUUUGGAUUUGACUCUGCUUUGCAGCCAGUCCCCAAUAUCUGGUCCAUCAUGAAUCCAUGAUGUCCUGCACUGUAGCUGAAACCGCAAUACCUCUGGCCUUUGUGUCUGGGAGCCCUGUAGCCAACAGUCACUGCCAUCUUCUUCUAAUAGAACUAAAUAAGACUCAGCCUAAAGCCCUAAACAAUCAGGGAUGGACAGGUGAAAACUGAGAGGCCGAGAUGUGGCCUUUAUUCUAAACCUUGUCUUUUAUUCUGGUUCUGUAAAGGGACAUAGAAAUAUCCCCAACCUUAACAGUUUCAUCUCAGAAGUCCACUUUUGCCAUAUAAAAAUAAUGCCUUUAAACAUUAGAGCCAAGCCUGCUCAGAGCAAGCUGUCUGCUGCCCCAAAGAGUAGUGGGCACACUGAUGGCAGCACAUCUCAUGCACGCUUUUCCAGAUCCCCCAAACAGGGCAAAGGCAAACAGGCUGUAAGCUCAGCACCAGGCUCCCGCUCGGGGCUAGAACCAGGCUCUGUGUCAGGGGGUGUGCCUGCCCCAGCAUCUAAAUUGGCAGGAGGUCAAGGCUCUGUGUCGAAGCCAGCUUCAAAGAUCAAACCUGCCACAGCAGCAGACAAAGGAGCAAGUCGUGGUUCAGCGACAGCUCCAGGGGGUAAAACCCUGUCUAUGGAGAACAUCCAGUCUUUGAGUGCUGCCUAUGCCACAUCAGGCACCAUGUACCCCUGUGAGCGAGAUUCCUUGGAACCCUCUGGUGGGUACCCAAAAGGCACCAUGACGCUGGGCAGGAGUACCAGCCGCUCCUCCUACACUAACCGAACACCUGCCAUGGGCAGCACCCCAAACAUCACCUCCUCUGGGUUACAUCAACAGUCAGACCCCUAUGGAGACCAAACCUUGCAUCCUGCAAGGACUUCCAGUCUGCGGCACCAGUCUGGGAGACAUCCACAGGAAUUGGAUUUGGCUGGACGGGGAGAGGGUUCCUCGUUUGAUCUACAGUCUCAGCUGAGGGAGCUGCAGAGGGAAAAUGACAACCUGAGGAGAGAACUGGAUGUAGGGAGGGAUGGAAGGACGGGCCCCAGCAUGAACAAUGUCAACUUCUGGACCCGAGAUGUGAAAAGAGAAAAGGGGGUUCGGCGGGAGGAGGGUGUGAGGACCUCAGUUCUGAAGGACCAGUACAGGACAAACCAAGAGGAUUUGCAACCUGGGGAUAUCAGAAGAAACAAGCAGCUUCCGUUGACAGUUCAGGAGCUACAGGAGGAGCUGAGGGCUCACAGAGAGAUGAACAGCCGCUUGCAGCAACAACGACAGCAAGGGAACUCUGGCUCCUAUCGAGAAAUCCAUACAGACCAGGACCACAGAGGGGGGCUCAGCCCUGGCCACAGCCCCAGACAAAGCUCCAGCAACCUGCAUAGUCCUGGACCAAAGAAUAGUCCGAGAGCCAGCCCAUCCAACACCUACAAUCCGAGGCAACAGGAAGCUGAUGUCAUCAUUCACAGCCCUGGUUAUGGCUGUAACACUGCAAUAGCUGUGCAGAGAAUCAGCCCUGCCAACACCCUUCAGCCUGGGCGGAGGAACGGCCCAAAUCAGCCCCAAUACACUCCCAGCCAAGGUCCGCUGGUAGCACCCAGCUCUGGUUCACUCCGGCCCUGCAGCCCCUGCCAGGUGCCUGGGUGUGAGGGCUUCUCCUCACCUCCGCCUCUGGAUCCAUCAGAGGAGAAUGUCUUCAGGAUGCAGGCAGAGCAUGAGCGGCAGGCCAAGGAGCUGUUCCUGCUGAGGAAGACCAUGGAAGAGAUGGAGAUGAGAAUCGAUUCUCAGAAACAGACUCUGGGCGCCCGGGACGAGAGCAUCCAGAGGCUGCUGGAAAUGCUUCAGGGCCAAGGCCAAGGUCAGGGACACUGGGGUCGGGGACAGCCGGCAGGCAUCGUAACCAUGGCAGCACAGGAGGCUGAAUCGCAGCUGGAGAACAUGCAUGUGCGAGAGGAGCUCCAUCGCCGGAACCAGCUCCAGGCCGAUCCGGCCAAGACCAGGGCUCUGCAGACUGUCAUUGAUAUGAAGAACACCAACACCCCUUUCUGUUUUGAUCCUGACGUUAUCUGGCAGGACACAAAGAUCUCUUCCCUGGAGAGGAACAUCAGAGACUUAGAGGAUGAGGUCCAGAUGUUAAAGACCAGUGGCCUGCUGCACCCCGAUGACAGGCACAAUGAGCUCAAGCAUGUGGAGGUCUACAAGAGCCAUUCUAAAUUCAUGAAGACUAAGAUAGAGCAGCUGAAGCAGGAGCUGAACAGGAAGGAGUCGGAGAUGCAGGCCCUGCAGACCAAACUAGAAACACUGACCAAUCAGAAUUCAGACUGCAAGCAACACAUCGAGGUGCUAAAGGAGUCGCUCAGCGCCAAGGAGCAACGGGCCAAUACACUGCAGACAGAGGUAGAUGCUCUGCGGGUGCGUCUGGAGGAGAAGGAGCAGCUCCUGACCAAGAAGACCAAGCAGCUGCAGGACCUGACUGAUGAAAAGAGCACACUAACAGGAGAGAUCAGAGACAUGAAGGACAUGCUGGAUGUCAAGGAGAGGAAGGUUAAUGUCCUGCAGAAGAAGAUUGAGAACCUGUUGGAGCAGUUAAAGGAUAAGGACAAACAGCUGGCUGGGUUGAGGGAAAGGGUCCAGGGCCUUCAAACAGACUCCAGCAACACAGACACAGCCCUGGCCACACUGGAAGAAGCCCUAUCAGAAAAGGAGCGAGUGAUUGAGAAUCUGCGCGAGCAGAAGGAGCGGGAAGACAGGGUUCGGCUGGAGGAGCUGGAACAGAUGAGGAAGGAGAACCAGGUAUUAAAGGACAAACUUUCAGCCUUGCAGCCCCAAAAUCUGUCCCAGAGUCAGCCUGCUAACCCAGUCCUGACACAGAACCAGAGGCCUGAUGGAGAGGUGCCAGCCAAAGUAGAUGGGCUACCAGCAGGAAGCCCAACAACACAAAACACGGAAGAAGUAGUCCGGAAGUGUCCAGACAUCACAGAUCGUCUGAGGCUUCUGGAGCAGGAAGUUGCUCGCAACAAAGAGGAAUCUGGGAAGUCGCAAGUGGAGGUGGAGAGGCUAAUGACAGCUCUGAGGGAUGCUGAGAUGGACAAAUCGUGCAAGGAGAAGAAAAUUGCUGAUCUUGAGAGGCAAAUCAACUCUCCUAACAUCCAGAAGCAGACGGUGGCCAGUGAGAUAAGGAAAGAUGCCCUGAUUGAUGGACAUCCACACUCUUUAUCACAGUUGGAGGAACUGAUGGGGGCUUUGGAGAAGACACGCCAGGAGCUGAAUGCCACCAAGCUGCAUCUAUCCUCCACUCAGCAGUCCCUGCAUGAGAGAGACGGACAUCUUAAUAGUCUUCGCCAGGAGAGACGCAAACAGCUGGAGGAGAUUUUAGAGAUGAAGCAGCAGGCUUUGCUGGCAGCCAUCAGUGAGAAGGAUGCUAACAUUGCCCUGCUGGAGUUAUCCUCCUCCAAACGGAAGAAAUCCCAGGAGGAAGUGAUGGCUCUGAAGAGGGAGAAAGACAGGCUCAUGCACCAACUCAAACAGCAGACUCAGAGCAGAAUGAAGCUGAUAGCGGAUAACUACGAGGAAGAUCCCAUCCACCCCCAACAUCAUCCUCACCAUUCUCACCACUUGCAUCAAGUAAACGUGCAUCACCGAAGCCUGCCAAGAGGGCCCCCCCAUGCCAACCACCGACCCCCUAUGGACCAGGACGAUGAAGAGGGAAUAUGGGCAUGA